GUUUCGCGGCUAUAGCUACAGAGAAGCUAGUGCUAGACUAUACACAGUAAUCAAUAAUCAUGUCACCUCAACCUCCAAGAAAAUACUGUAAUUAAGUACAACAACAAGUCCCCAUUCUCCUCUCCCUUCUUUUCUCUCCUCUCUCUCUCUGCACUUUUGUCAAUGUUUCUUCUGUUACUCUCAUCCCAUUCUUCAGUCCAUAUCAAAGCCUCUCUUUUUGUUUCAUCUCACCUAGCCUAGCCUACCCUUUUAGCCACUCUCUGCAUCCAAACUUCUGAUCUCUUGCACAACAUUUCUCAAAAAUGUCACAAAUGGAGUCCUCAUCUUCACCAUUUCUACCAACCCUCCAAACCCCACUCUCCGAAGCUUCCCCAAAGCCCUUCAAGAAAAGCCUCGUUGCUUCUUUUAUGGAAGCAACUACACUGAGAUCACCUUCCUUUAAAGAAGACACUUACUUCCUCACUCACUUAAAGCCCUCAGAGAAAAAGUCACUUCAAGAGCUUAAAGAGAAGCUCAAGGCCUCUCAUGAGGCAGUUUCAAUGUGGGGUAUUUCACUCUUAAGUGGUGAUGAAAAGGCUGAUGUGAUUCUCCUCAAGUUCUUGAGAGCUAGAGAUUUUAGAGUUCAAGACUCACUCCAAAUGUUACUAAAAUGUUUGGAAUGGAGGAAAGAUUUUGAGGCAGAUGGGAUAGUUGAACAAGACUUGGGCUUUAAAGAGCUUGAAGGGGUGGUUGCUUACAUGAAUGGGUAUGAUAAAGAAGGCCAUCCUGUUUGUUAUAAUGCUUAUGGGGUUUUUAAAGACAAAGAAAUGUAUGAAAAAACCUUUGGAGAUGAUUUCAAGUUGGAGAAGUUUUUGAGGUGGAGGGUUCAAGUUCUUGAAAGAGGGAUCAAGUUGCUGCAUUUCAAGCCUGGUGGGAUUAACUCUAUAAUUCAAGUCACUGAUCUUAAAGACAUGCCUAAAAGAGAGCUAAGGGUGGCUUCUAAUCACAUUCUUUCUCUUUUUCAAGAUAAUUAUCCUGAAAUGGUUGCUAGAAAGAUAUUUAUCAAUGUGCCAUGGUACUUCAGUGUGUUGUAUUCUGUGUUUAGUCCAUUUUUAACUCAGAGAACUAAGAGCAAGUUUGUAAUCUCUAAGGAAGGAAAUGUUGCAGAGACUCUUUACAAGUUCAUUAGGCCAGAGAAUAUUCCGGUUCAAUACGGAGGACUGAGUCGACUCGGUGGAUCGGAGAAUGGUCCUUCAAAACCAGCAUCUGAGUUUACUGUGAAAGGAGGAGAGAAAGUGAACAUUCAAAUAGAGGGAAUUGAGGCUGGUGCAACUAUAACAUGGGACAUUGUGGUGGGAGGUUGGGAACUAGAAUACUGUGCCGAGUUUGUACCCAUUGCUGAAGGAGGCUACACCAUUGCUGUUGAGAAGCCCAGGAAGAUAGCUGCUGCUGAGGAGGCUGUGCACAACUUGUACACAGCAAAAGAAGCCGGAAAAAUGGUGUUGUCGGUCGACAACACAUCCUCUCGCAAGAAGAAGGUUGCUGCCUAUCGAUACAUUGUCCGAAAAUCUACCUCUGCAUUUUAAUGUUUGGAUUGACUAUAUCUUAACCUGGUCAUUUCGUCUAAGUAUUAGUUUGCCCCCUAAUUUUGAAGAGUCUCAAGUUAUAUGUAUGUGUUGGUAUAAUAUUUCUUACUCUUACCUCUAUUGCUACACUUGAGUUGUGGCCUUGUGAUACUAAAAUGUAAUGAAUAACUUGUUGUGAUCUUAUUAGUAAAGCUAAUGUGUUGUAUUAUGAAAAGAAGUGGAUCAAAUUUGGAUUGUUUUUGUUCUCA